UAAAAUUCCUCAUAAUUUUAUAAACAGAAAAAUACAUAAAUAAAAAAUGAAUUUCGUCUCGUACAAUCACAAUUGCACUAUAUACAUUGCAUAUAAUCAAAGUGAUACAGUUCAUAUACCUCCAAUUUAUAUCUUUCUGGUUGUUCUUAGUCCUAUCGCAUUGAUAAUCAGUUGUUUAGCGUUAACUGUGCUAACACGAGCACAAGCAAUACGUUUAGGUUCAAUGCGUAUUAAUUUGAUUACACUGACAAUAUUUGAAGUGUUAUUAAAUUCAAUGAUAUUUCUAAUAUCAUUAUUUUAUACAAUUAAUUUUCCAAAUGAUGAACAAAAUCUAUAUAAAACAAUUGUACAUAUAACAUGUUUUGUUUUAAUCGGUGGUGCAUUAUGCUCAAGAAAUUGGACUAUUACAUUAAUCUCAUUAGCACGUUGUGUAGCAAUCGCUAAACCAAUGAUAUCACGUAAAACUUAUUCCCAUUUAUUUCAACCUACAUGGAUGGCAAUGUGUACUAUCGGGUGUAUUUCAACAGGAUUUAUAUUAAGCGCCUUACGAUUAUUUGAAAUGCAUAUAGAUAUUUGUUUAAAUCAAAAUAAUCGAAUCAUGUUAAUACCGAAUACCGAAUGGCGUAUUGUAAAAGAUUUGUUUUUCACAUUUCAAUCAGCUUUGCCAAUAUUGAUUGUUGUGCUGACAACUGUGAUUAUGUUAAUUGCCUUAUUUCGUCAUAAACUGCCCAAUUUAAAUCAUCAUAAUAUGUCAGAUAGAAUGCCAAGACGUUUGGAAAUAAACAAAAGUAAUAACAAUAAUAAUAAUGAUCAAAAUAAAAUCGAUCAUAACUGUAUUCAGAAUUCUAAUAUUACUACUACUACUACUAAUAAUAAUAAUAAUAAUAAUAAUAAUAUGAAUAUGAAUACUAGUUGUGGUUAUUCAUGUACUUCCAAACCUGACUACACACAUACAAGACAACAACAAAUUCUACUAGAAUACAAACUGAACGAACGUCGAUUGCAUAAUCAGGCCAGAGCUACACGUAUGAUCACAUUGUUAACAGUGGUAUUUAUCUUAUUUGAAGCACCAGUAUUUUUUUGUGUAACAUUUGAAUAUAAAUUUGAUCGUAUACAAUUUGAUUUAGUGACAAAUGCGCUGAAAAGUUUAGUUGUUUUAGAUUCAUGCGCUAAUGUGAUUAUCUAUUUGAUAAUGAGUCGACGUUUCCGACAAGAAUCCGUACGAUUAUGGCGAUAUGCGCGAAGACAAACAAGACAAGUGUUGACAAAUCAAUCAGAGGUGAUAUUUUAAAGAAAUAUGAGUUGGUUGGUUCACUGAUUAAAUUAGGGAUAACGUAAAAUUGUGAAUAUAUUUUGUACAAUGUAAAUCGUGCAAAAACACAAAAUUAUGCUGGAAAACAGA